AUGGCUAUUUCAAAGGGCGAGCAGAUUCCCAACACCACCUUUACGUACGUCCCCUGGGCACCUGAGCUCGCUGACGGUACCGCUUGUGGUGCUCCCACCAAGAUCCAGACACACGAAGCUUUCAAGGGCAAGAAGGUCGUCAUUGUCGCCGUUCCCGGUGCCUACACUCCUACGUGCCACGUGAACCACAUCCCACCCUACAUCAAGCAGAUCGACAGCUUCAAGUCCAAGGGUGUCGAUCAGGUCAUCGUUCUGGCUCAAAACGACCCGUUCGUCAUGUCCGCCUGGGGCGUCCAGAACAAGGCCGAGGACAAGGUCAUCUUUGCCACCGACCUCAACCUCGAGUUCUCUAAAGCCAUCGGCUCUAUCGCCGAUCUCAGCGCCAUGGGCUUCGGUCAACGUACCGGCCGUUACGCCCUCAUUGUGGAUGACCUUAAGGUCGUCGAUUUCUCUCCUGAACCUAACCCCGGCGCUGUCGAGGUUAGCGGCGCUGACCACGUCCUCGCCAAGCUCUAA